AUGCAACGUAUCGGUCGGAAUCUUCGAUUUAUGCGUGUGUUACCGCUGCGUCCACUUCCAGCCCGAUUUGGUGCCAUGUAUUCCACAGCCGGCGUACAGCAACCUGGCUGGUUUAACCGUAUGCUCCUCACUAAUGAAUACAACCUGCCGCGCUUGCCUGUGCCACAGCUCGAGAGGACUGUGCAGCGUUACCUAGAGACUGUGCGACCAUUAGUGACUACCAAAGAUUGGGAAAUACACUCAGAGCUAGCAAAUUCUUUUAAAGACAAUGAGGGUCGCCAGCUUCAAGAAAUUCUACUUAAGCGCGAGCUUAAACAGGCCACGAGCCGCUCCUACCCGUUCAGCUACAUUGAGGAAGAAUGGGACAAAAUGUACCUUGAAGGCCGCUAUGAGAAUCCAAUUCACGUAAACCCUUCUUACGGUCUAAUCGAAGAACCAGAUGGAAACCUUCAGGGCAUGGUGUCUCGUAGCGCUGCCUUUGUGCGCUCCAUGGUCAAAUGGUGGACUAAGGUCAAGAACAGCGACCUGGAACAGGACAAAAACCAGUGCAUGGCAGGUUUUGCGCGUCAGUAUGGCACAGCUAAGGUUCCCAAGAAGGGCAGUGAUAUACUUAAGUCUCACCCGCGUGCAACGCAUAUCGUGGUCUUGACAAACUUUGACUUUUUUAAGCUGGACGUGCUCAGCCCCGAUGGCAAGCAAUUACUCACUCAGAGGCAGCUCGAAGAACAGCUUGAUUACACAUUGAAUUCGUCGCUCCUGGACGAUUACAAUAAACUGGAUUUAUCCACACUUACAGCAGAGAAACGUGACACAUGGGCACAAAUUCGAGAAGAUCUGGUGAUGCACCACCCAUUGAAUGCCGAGACGCUCGAAGUCAUCGACUCGGCGCUGUUUAUCCUAGUAUUAGAGCAUCGCAAUCCUUCUGAUGCGAGCCAGUGUAUUGAAUUGUCAUUGCAUGGACAGGGACGCCAUCGCUGGUUUGACAAACUGCAAGUAAUGGUACAGCCGAAUGGCCACUUGAGUAUCAAUUUUGAGCACUCUUUUUCGGACGGCACGGUCUGGAAUCGCUGGUUGCAAGAAUGUUGGCAUGAUAUGCGUGGCUCUGACUCUGGGUUUGCAUCUCUUAAAGAAUUACCCGAAUACACGGGUGCCACUAAGCCUAAAAAGCUUAGCUGGAAGUUGUCGAAUAACCUGGUGGAAGAGGUAAAACAGGCUGAGAGUCAUUUUGCCGACUUUGCUGGUAACCUGAACUUGGAGUAUUUGGUGUACACAAACUUUGCGAAAAGCAACUGUAAGCAGUGGCAACUUAGCCCGGAUGGAAUCGCGCAAAUGGCGCUUCAAUUAGCAUUUUACCGCACGCACGGAAAAAUUGCCCCCACUUAUGAGUCGUGCUCGACGCGCCUUUUUCAUCACGGGCGCACGGAAACGAUUCGUUCUGCAACUCCUGUUGCUGAAGCAUUUGUCAAGAGUGUAGAGAAUGAUGUAGACAAGAAAGCGCAACGUGAACUAUUAUUUGCUGCCGUAAGGCGUCACGUGAAGAUGGCUAAAGCGGCGCAAAAGGGAUUUGGUGUUGACCGCCAUUUGACCGCCUUAAACUCCAUUGCUAACCUGUCCGGGAUCUAUAGCAAAUUUCUAACAUCUCCAGUUCGUGCCGAAAGCAUGAGAUUUCUAAUCUCUUCAAGCAACGUCACAAUGCCGUUUUUAAACUACUUCUCAUUCGGUGCCGUUGUGCCCCACGGAUACGGCGUGGGUUACCUGCUUCAUGACAAGAGCAUCAACAUAAGCCUUACAAAUUUCAAGAACAGCCAAAUUUCAGAUGGUGGGGCGAUGAAAUUGGCACUUAAAAGUUCGCUCGAUACAAUCAAAGCUCUUGCAGACUACCCUGUUCUUUAA